UUGUGUUUGAAGGUAUAUUCCAGUCUCUGUAUGGUUGUAGUAUUCGUGGUUUUUGCUGGUUCAUGAUGGUUUAUAAAUAUGGACGGAUAUUUACUGUUUCUAUUAUGUUUGCUGUUGAGGCAAAGAGAGCUUUAUCAAGAGAUGAACAGCAAAGUUCAAAAGAUGGAAUUUUCAGUGCUUCUAGAAGUUUCGGAAGUGGUGAGAGUACUAGGACAAAGAAAAUAUUUGUUGGGGGGUUGCCCUCAAAUAUUGAGGAAGAAGGAUUCCGUCAUUAUUUUGAAGCUUAUGGAACCGUAACUAACGUUGCAAUAAUUUAUGAUCAGCAGACCAACCGACCUCGUGGAUUUGGGUUUAUUUCAUUUGAUUCUGAGGAUGCAGUUGAUAGUGUUUUACACAAGACAUUUUAUGAUUUAAAUGGUAAGCAAGUGGAAGUGAAGCCUGCUCUUCCUAAAGAUGCCAACCCAGGUGGCAUUGGCCGUUCCAUUGGUGGUGGAACUGGCCGGCGUGGCAGUUAUCAGGGAUACGGUCCUCCUGCUGGCAAUUCAAGCUCCUAUGAUGGUCGAAUGGAUUCCAACAGGUACAUGCAGUCUCAAAAUGCUGGGGGUCGUUACCCACCAUAUGGUCUAUCAGGUUACAGUGCUCCUGGUUAUGGAUAUGGUCCUGCCACUAAUGGCAUGGCUUAUGGUGGCUAUGGAAAUUAUGGAGGUGGGAAUUCUGUAUAUGGUGCUCCUUCAGCCUCGGGUUAUAGAAAUCCUAAUGCUGGCUAUGGUGGUGCUCCAGUAAAUACUUCCCGAAGUUCUUGGGGUUCACAGGCUCCCUCUGGAUAUGGGAAUAUGAGCCUUGGAAGUUCUCAAUGGGGGAGCGGUGGCCUGGGUAGAGGGGGAAUCGCUACUGUUCAAUCUCCUAGUGGAGCUUCUGGAUAUGUAAAUCAGAGUUAUGGUUAUGAUGGAUAUGGCGGAAAUGACGGAGCUUAUGUUGACUAUGGGGCUAUCGGUGCUCAUUCAGGAAGUGGUCCAAAUGGCAAUGCAUCUGCAGGAGAGGCUCCAUACAAUAAUUAA